ACGCGGAGAAGACGCGGAGAAAGAGGGUGUGGAGAACUCCGUGCUAUUGUUAGGGAUAGAUACCCCUGUUGAUACAAACACGCUUACCAGCGCGAUGGGCGGAUUUCACUAUGAAUGAUGGUCUAUUUGAGGAAAGACUGGUUCAGUUCCUCGAGAUGGAGUUUUUAUUUUGACAAAAAACACAGACCCGCGUCUUGCACCAGACCACUCACUUUCAUUAUGCAGAUUUUCAUGACAUCACAAACAUAUACGAGGGUACCGUUGUAACGCAGCCAUAUGUAGGAGCCUCGGCUUUACACGGCUCGUUUUAAGGAUGCUGAAAUUAUGCUCGCUAUGUGAAACAUCCACAGCGACACCGUGCAACUGCUGUAACGUAGAUUAAUUGCGGAGGAUCUUGUUGCUUCCUCCUUAUGUCACAUGCACUGUGUGUAUUUCUUUUGUGGCGCCGGAGCAGCUGAAGGCAGGCUGGAAACAAAACAAUAGACCGAAAUGCAGAGCUGUUCUUUGUAGCCAGCUAAUAACACGGACGGAAACCCACGACUGGAAAACGAACAGCUGCGACCGGGGAACACAAGAAUAUGGAGGUGAUCGUGCACUGAUUUUGUUACAGACUGGAUUUACUUGGCGUUAAAAUAUCCUCUGAAAUCAACUGGGAGAAAAUAUGAAUUCCGCUGAAGCAGCCGAGGAAGGACCUAACGAUUCAGACACGGACGCGUUUUUCAAAACAGGGUCCUUCAGAAACGACGGGAUUAAGGCGGCCGAUGUUUUGCCUGUGCUGAAAGAGAAAGUGGCCUUCGUGUCAGGAGGGCGUGAUAAAAGAGGUGGACCAAUCUUGACCUUCCCUGCCAGAAGUAACCAUGACAGAAUAAAGCAGGAGGACUUGAGAAGGCUGGUGACCUACUUGUCUACUGUGCCCAGCGAGGACGUUUGCAAGCGAGGAUUUACCGUAAUCAUUGAUAUGCGAGGCUCCAAGUGGGACCUCAUCAAGCCCUUGCUGAAGACGCUGCAAGAAGCCUUUCCCGCAGAGAUCUGCGUCGCCCUCAUCAUCAAACCCGACACCUUCUGGCAGAAGCAGAAGACCAACUUUGGCAGCGCCAAGUUCACCUUCGAGACUAGUAUGGUGUCAGUGGAGGGUCUGACGAAGCUAGUGGACCCGUCUCAGCUGACGGACGAUUUCGAGGGCUCCCUGGAGUACAACCACGAGGAGUGGAUGGAGCUGCGCGUCUCCCUGGAGGAGUUCAUCGGCAGCGCGGCGCACCUCCUCUCCCGCCUGGAGGACCUGCAGGAGAUGCUGGCCAAGAAGGAGUUCCCGGCGGACGUGGAGGCCUCGCGGCGGCUCAUCGACGAGCACACGCAGCUGAAGAAGAAGGUGAUGAAGGCCCCGGUGGAGGAGCUGGACCGCGAGGGCCAGCGGCUGCUCCAGUGCAUCCGCGGCUCCGCCGACGGCUUCUCGGGCCGCAACUGCGUCUCGGGCGGCGCCGACUUCCAGAGCGUGGUGCCCAAGAUCGCCAGCCUGCUGGACAAGCUGCACUCCACCCGCCAGCACCUGCACCAGAUGUGGCACGUGCGCAAGCUCAAGCUGGACCAGUGCUUCCAGCUGCGGCUCUACGAGCAGGACGCCGAGAAGAUGUUUGACUGGAUCAGUCACAACAAGGAGCUGUUCCUGCAGAGCCACACCGAGAUUGGCGUCAGCUACCAGCAUGCAGUGGACCUCCAAACACAGCACAAUCACUUUGCCAUGAACUCUAUGAACGCCUACGUGAACAUCAGCCGCAUCAUGUCUGUGGCGACGCGGCUGUCGGAGGCGGGCCACUACGCCUCGCAGCAGAUCAAGCAGAUCUCCGCCCAGCUGGACCAGGAGUGGAAGAGCUUCGCCGCCGCCCUGGACGAGCGCAGCACCAUCCUCGCCAUGUCCGCCGUCUUCCACCAGAAGGCCGAGCAGUUCCUGUCGGGCGUGGAGUCCUGGUGCAAGAUGUGCAGCGAGGGCGGGCUGCCCACGGGGAUGCAGGACCUGGAGCUGGCCAUCCACCACCACCAGACGCUCUACGAGCAGGUGACCCAGGCCUACGCCGAGGUCAGUCAGGAUGGGAAGGCUCUGCUGGAUGUCUUGCAGCGGCCGCUGAGCCCGGGGAACUCGGAGUCGCUCACGGCCACGGCCAACUACUCCAAGGCGGUGCACUGCAUCCUGGACGUGGUGCACGAGGUCCUGCACCACCAGAGGCGGCUGGAGAGCAUCUGGCAGCACCGCAAGGUCCGGCUGCACCAGAGGCUCCAGCUGUGCGUCUUUCAGCAGGACGUCCAGCAGGUGAUGGACUGGAUCGAGAACCAUGGGGAGGCCUUCCUCAGCAAGCACACGGGUGUGGGGAAGUCGCUGCACCGCGCGCGGGCACUGCAGAAACGCCACGACGACUUCGAGGAGGUGGCUCAGGUGGGACGCGCCGAACGAAGCGCCCGGCGGGGGUCCCGCUUCGUCACGACACCGCCCCUUUCCAAAAAUUCUCCUCCUUACAGGAGGCCAGAACACACAGUGUGCACAGUACCACUUACAUGUGCUAUAACAUACCCAGCGCCAUAACCCAGAUCUCGCUCU